UCCCCUGCUCAGCGCCUGCUCAUACCAGUGUCUCACUCGGGAAUCAGCUCUUUCAAUUAACUAGCAAGUCUCUUUAUGCAUUACCAUGUCUUCUUUCAAGGUUUUUAUUGUCGGGGGCGGCCCAGUUGGCGCGUUGGCCGGACUAUACGCUGCUCAACGGGGGUUUGAAGUCGAGAUCUAUGAGAUGCGAGACGAGUAUAAUCAGCCUCAUACCGCGACCGCCUUCUCCACCAAGAGCAUCAGUCUAACUUUGUCCGAACGAGGCAUCAAGUCCUUGCGCCACAGCAAAUGCCAAAAUUUGGCGGAGAGAAUCCUGUCCAAAACUGUUCCGGUGUACGGUCAAAAGGUUCACGGCAGGACCAAAUCAGGGUUAACCACGAGGCGGAUUCCAUAUGAUGUUCAUGGACAGGCUCUUUAUGCCAUCAGCCGCUCAGAAAUCAAUUACAGCCUGCUUCAAGAGCUGUCCAAGUUUCCCAAUGUCCGUGUCUUCUAUAAGCAUAAACUUAGCGGUUUGGAUAUGAAGCAGAAGUCCGCCACGUUCCAGAACAUCAGCAGGCCCCGUGAGCCGGACCACGAGGCCAAAUUUGAUCUACUGAUUGGUGCUGAUGGAGCCCAUUCGACGACUCGUUUUUAUCUUUCCCGCUAUGCUAAGAUCAACAUCAGCCAAAAAUGGGAGGAUAUCUUUGGUGUGAACUCACCAUCCCCGCGGGACAUUCCCUUCCUCUGGACUGUCUGCAUAUGUGGCCCCAACAUGAUUUCAUGCUGUUUGCCUGCCCAGAUAAGGAAGGAACACUUACCUGUAAUCUGUUUGCCCCCGAAAGCGUCUUCGUGGAGUUCUUUGAGAAGCACUUCCCCUGAUAUUACACCAGACCUCAUUCCCACCGACAGCCUUCAAAAGCAGUUCAAGUCGAACCUUCACCAUCCCAUGAUCGAUAUCCGGUGCUCUCCAUAUCAUUACCAGGACUCCUGUGUACUGAUUGGCGAUGCGGCGCAUGCCAUGGUCCCCUUCUACGGGCAAGGCAUGAACACGGGCUUUGAAGAUGUCCGGAUUCUCUUCGAAGAUUUCCUCGAUCAGAGGAGGACUCUCCCUUCCACGCCAUAUGAUCUCUCUUUGACACAUUCGGUGCAACAAAAGGAGCCGCUCGACACUCCUGCAGCCAUUAUUGGAGACUAUCUCGAACAGUACACCAAAUUCCGCCAGCCUGACGUCCAUAUCAUCAAUGAGCUUGCCCUGCAAAACUACAAGGAACUGAGACAAGGCGUUCUUAAAGUAUCCUACCGGGUCCGCAAGCAGAUCGAGGAGUUCCUGUGCUUCUAUGCGCCGCAGCUCGGCUGGGCCACCCAAUACCGGAUGGUAGCCUUUGAGACCAUGCGAUACACCGAGGUCUUGCGACGGGUCCGAAAGCAGGGGCUCAUCUUAAGUAGUGUGGCUUGGAGCUGUCUGGUGGUUCUUUCUAUUGACUUUCUGUUUUCUCUUCGGCUAUCAAAAGUUGCGGAUGUUUUGGUUUGA